AUGAAACCAGGCUUGCAUGGAUUUUGGCUAGGGCCGUCGCCCCGACGCCAACAUGAGAGUGAACUGAUGUGUAGCGGAGGGCCAUCGCAAUCGGACUGCACUCAUCUCGAUCUACGAGAAGAGCGGCGGAAACGCGAUGACCGACCGGAACGUGAGGAACUACGCGAUCGACUCGAUCGGCCCGACUUGCUUAAACGACUCGAACGACCCGACCUGCUUGAUCUCGACGAACGUCUGGACCUCUGCGAUCGCGAAGAACGACUAGACCUCCGCGAUCGCCCUGAGCGUUCAGACUUCUGCGAUCGAGCGGCUAGACCUCGGGAAUGGCUGAAAUACUGGCUGCUUACACUGGCAUAG